UCUUCCGAAUUGUUGGACAAGAGUGGACAACUUCCAAACAAGAGCAACAGGUCAUCAACAAUAAAGCUUAGUUAAAUUUUGCAACUCCCGUUUUGAAAAGGUCGUGAAGAAAUGUAAAAUUAAUGAUUAUUCAAGACACCAAAAUGUCACCAGAAUACACUGAAAUGGUAGCGGCGAUAGCCUUUGGUGUUUUGUCAGCGAUAUUUGUGAGUGCGUUUGUGGUUCUUAUAAUAAUAUGUCGAAGACAAAGGCUCUACUACAAGUCAACAUAUCUGGAUAGUCAGAAUGAACUGUCACGCCCUGAAGUUAUGCUAAUUGAACCAGAGAAAGCUGAACUUGAGCUGGGUGAAGUACAAUUGAAUCCAAACCUUGAACAAAUUCUAGCUGAUGAACAAUGGAUAGAUGAUGCCACUGGUUUGAUUCCACAUUGUUUAUCAAUUUUAAAAACUUGUAGGUUCUUAACAGAACGUUUAACAGCGUUAGCUAUGGGUACAACACAAGCCUCUGGCAGUGGUUUGUCACUGAUAGUAGAAAGCGCAAAAAGAAUCUCCAGUAGAGUUGAUGACAUGGUGCGCAGUAUGUACCCACCUUUAGAUCCUAGACUUUUGGAAGCUAGAGCUGCUGCGCUGUCUCUGGCUGUAAGUCAUCUAGCGCUCAUUGCUAAGUAUGAAUGUGGACAAAGAGAUAAGAGUUUUACUUGGAUUGAUAAGUCUUUAGCUGAGAUGGAUGGCCAUAUGGUGGUUUUGAGGGAAGCUGCUCUCACUCAAGAAGCUUCAAGUAAAAUCCAAAAUGCGUUAAAUACAAAUUACAACACUAGUCUUUAAUAAAAAGUGGUCAAAGUGGUGAUUAAUUAAAACACAUAUUUGCACCACAUAAAAUUAUAACAUGAUUAUAUUGUUGAAAGGUGUUAAUUUUGUUUUGGUAUGCUGUGAAGAGAUAAGGUCAUUUAAUUUUUUCAACUGGAACCACCAGGUUUUUUUUCAGUUUUAUAACUAAACAAAUAUUUACAGUAAUGGUUCUUUGUUGUAAUUCAGGUACAAAAAAAGAGGUUGUUUUUCACGCCGACAUUAAUUUCUUGAGAAAAUAUUGACUCACUAUGACGCACCUCUCGAUUAAAUCAUUCAAUCGUGGUUUCUUAUCAAAUUAACAAAAAAAAUUAACGCCUACCAUAAUAAAAUUUUAUGUGGAUGCAAUUUAAAAUAGCGAAGUAGUCCACGUAUUUGUAAAGUUUAUACUUAUUUCGGAUGUUAAGUCUUUUAUCGUUCUUUUCUAUAUUUUAUAGUUUAUUGUAGAGUUUAUAAUGUAAAUACUAGUUUUCCAUGACAAAGUCCUAACUCUUAUAAUGAUAGUGUUUAUAAAUUAGAAAUGUCUGUCACACAAGGUGGGCCUUUUGCCGCCUUGUCGAAACUAGCUGGAACUAGAUCGUCACAUUGACGUUACGUGUCAUUUUACGGCCAGUAGUUAACGUUUCUGUAAAGGUAAGCGGCAAAUUUAAUUUCCAGUGCCAGGUUCAUGUGACAAACAUUUAAGGUGGCUCCGCAA